AUGGGUUAUGAGGAGCUUUGUGAGGCACAGGAGCAGUGUCCCCAGACGACCCGGGAAGAGAAUGUACCCACUGUGCAGGACACAGAGAUCACCCUUCUCAAGUCUGGAGAAGUCACGCUGGUUGUCCCUCUCAGCAUCGAAGACAUCUCUCAGUUUGGCGAUGGCUCCCGAGAGCUCUUUGUCAAGUCCAGUUGCUACAGUGUGAUCAACAUUGCCGUGGUCGAUUGUGGGCCUACCGUGAGCUGGGUGUUCUCCUCGGAGCCCAAGAGCAUCUCUUUCAGCGUGGUAUACCGUGAGACCACCGACGUCCCGGUGGAACAGUCCAAGGUGCUGAUUCCUCUGACUCGCUGUAACUCUCACAAAGAGACCAUCCAAGGCCAGCUGAAAGUCAGGAACCCUGGUCUCUACACUCUCAUCUUUGACAACUCCUUCUCAAGGUUCAUCUCAAAGAAAGUCCUCUACCACUUGACAAUCGAGAAGACGAUUAUAUACGAUGGGAGUGACUUCUAAGCCUGGAUAAUGGAUACUUACGCAGGGUGAAGGUUAUAGUUUUUUUUCAAAUGCGUAUUUGUUUCUGGAUGCCCCACCAAGUACACUAUUUUAUGUUUGGUUUUGCUCUUUUAUAUAUAUAUAAAAAUAUAAAAAAAUUGUUGGAUCCCUAUAUUUUUAACACUAAUGUUUUUAUGUUUUGAGUGUGUUGGUCAUGUUUUAGUUAGAGCACAAACACCCUACAGACAUGGUGGUUGUUUUGACCUAAUGGACUCUUCACAUAGAGUAUGUGGUGAAACAAACGUACAGAUGUAGGGUCUUGAUUUGAUUACCCUCUUGCAGGAGAACUUUCAUGAAAUAUAAAACCUGUUGUUUAUUUGAGGCUUAAAGAGACUUCUAAAGUUUGUUAUUUCCACUUUUAUAUUUCAGACUUGAUUUUCCCUUACAAAAAUCUAUCAAAACAUUAAAAAAAUGCCCAUUAAUUAUAAUCCACAUUUUCUGUUGCUGCAGGAUUAUUUUCCUGCUGUAGCAAACUGGGUCCAAAUUUAGAUCCUACAUCUGUAGGAAAACCAGGAAUUCAAAACUUAACCACAGGUGAAGAGUUAAAAGGGUAGCCUUAUGAGUUUACUACAUGGUCUUGAGAGAUAGAGAGGUUAUUGUGCACACAUUUAUACAAUGUUAUUAGCUAUGAUUGUUUUCUAUCAUGGACUAACACAGUGUCCACAAGUAAGAUGACAUUUAUUGAGCAACUGCUCACAUUGUAAUCACACAAUACAGAGGACAAUACUGGACAAAAUAGCAUCUUUUUCAUGCUACAAAAACAUGAAUAAUGUUAAUAAAACAAGUCCAGCCAGACUACAUUAUGUUUAGGAGGAGGCAGUUACUUUGUGUCAUCCUCAAAUGCUGCCAGGCUGAAGGGAAGAUAAUUGUGUGGGGGGGAAAUGGGCACUAAGUAAUACACGAGAUUGAAAGCUUUGCUACCAAUUUCUUGUGUCUGUGGAGCUUUUGAAUCCUUCUGUUUAAACGAAUUGAACUCAGACUCAUGGGUUAUACACUAUAGAGGAACUCUCUUCGACCGUUAAUAGGCUUUCCUCAAGUUUUUCCAUAGCUCCAAGAUUUCAAAUGAAAGACUGCAAUAUUUAUUCUAAUGUAAAAAGCACGUGGGGAGCAUUUAUAUCCCAAAAGGAUAGUUUUUAAGAAAUCAAUUUUAAAUGGUUUUGAUGCAAAAGAAUGUUUAAUGAUAAUUUCAUUAAGAUAACUGCAACAUAAUAAUUUGGUUGUAUUGCUUCAAGGUUAUAUUAUACAGCACACUAUCAACUAACAUGAUCUAUUACUGUGACCUAUAAGCUCAAUGUCACUUACUGACAAAGCAAGUGCCAACUUUUGCCUAUAGGAGAUAAGCUCCCCUUCAAAAUAGUUUUGAAUUAUGUUUUAAUUACAAAAGACACAUAUAAAACUGCACUUUAAAGAUAAAAAAUUACGAUUUUCCAAGUGUGGAUUUACACGUGUUUUGCAUAGCCAGUUCUUGCUAUAGUCCGCAUCUUUGAGAAUACACUGCUGUGCCCAGGGCUUAUACUCUUUUGUGUUUAGGCUAUCCUCCCUGAGCACCCCAAGGCAUAGUGUAGUACCAUGGCAAGCUUAUGUUUCUGUAAGGUCUCUUUGGAUAAAAUCUGGAUUGAGCAUAACAGCAGGCCUAUAGAUUAUAUACCAUCAUAGGAAUAUGAUUUUGUUAUGUUUCGUUAUAAGGGAUUUUAGAAUUUUGUUAUAGCCAUACAUUUUAGAUACCGUGUAUAAAUAGGACCUCUGUUUUUUUUGUUCUUGUAAGGAUCCUAAGUGUUGAUAUUUUCCUUUGUAUGUAUUAUAGUAUCUGAAAGCAAUAAGGAAUGACAUCUCAGUCAUACCAUCAGUCAAGGAGGCGACCAAUGUUCUUCACUAAUGAAGCCAGCUCUGGGGUGAAUUUUCCUUUAGUACAGAUCUAGGAUGAGCUUCCCCUCCACCAGUCAUAACCUUAACCCUUAGUGAGGAAAAUUUCAACACUGACCCAAGAUCAGAUUCUAGGGGCAACUUCACCCUACCUACACCAAUGGGGCUCAGUAGCUACAUCGAAUGCUGCUUUUACAGAGAACUGUUUUCCAUUUUUAUUGGGAGCUUUUCUUUUGUAUUUUAUAAGUGGUCUACAUGUGUGCAAUUUGUAUACAAAGCCUCAUAUUUUCUCUACAGUUUUGCACUUUUGGAUGGAAUUUAGCAAUAAUAAUGAUUUACAAUGUCACAAGGAAUAGUAUUUUGAUAGUAUUUUCUGGUGUUUGUAAAAUAGAUUGUGCAGGGAAAGAUAUCCUAUCUUUUUUAAAUUAACAAACUGAGGGCUUUCAAGUUUGCCACCAGCAUCAUGUGACUUCAGUGAAAUCCACAUGACCCUGUUCUUGAUCUAUGCAUUCACUAUGAUGUAAAAACAUGUACAGUUCAACUUAAAAAUAAAGUUUGUUAAUGAUGUCA